CCACCACCCUGCUGCCAGGCGGUCGCCAUGUCGUGGCCGCCCAUGAGCCGCCAACGCCUGCAAACUGGGCAGAAGCGCCCGCCACCGCACCAACUUCGUUGCAAUGGGCGUCUACGUGCGAUAUAUACAUACCUGUCGCUCCAUCGAGUUCUGUUCCUUUGCUCUGGCAUUCCCUUCUCGUCACCCCUCGGGUCCCUUAGUUGAUUUCGUCUGCUUCGUUGACCGAAGUACUUCCAUUUUUACCAGUAAGCUGUUGACCAGCUUUGGGUUAUUGCCCGCCUCUUUAAUAAUCUAUUCUCUGUCCAAUCUGCCCGUUUAUAGGUUUUCCUGCCCCAGCCUACAGCGUACCCCAGCAGUUCGGAUAACAUCGACAUCCUCCCCAUCUUAAUAAUAGCACGUGGCGGAGCUCACCUCAGCCCAAUAUACAACAACAUGUCAGAGGUACUCAAGCCCGCAGUGUACAAUCCUGCUGCGCUUGGCGCCAUAUCCUACCCUCAAGAGCUCGCGGUCCCGCUGGCUCAGGAUCGCUCUCUCACUUCGACUCCCGCCGACGACGAGGGCACCAUUCCCCGCUACUACUUCACGCCAAGGUACUCGACCGCCUCCACAUAUCAGUCCACCGAGUACUCCCCCGUCAGCAUCGACGACUUCCCCACCCCAAAGGCACGAAUCUUCGACAUGACCCAGCCUUUGGCUCAGCCGUCACCCCGGCAUCCCACUCCUUCCUACCCUGCCCACAGCAGGGUGAGCCGGACUGACAGCGAUUUCGACUCUCUAUAUGAUAUUACCGAUAAUGAGGCAGAGGUUCCCCUCAAGUGUUCCGCAUCCGUCAAGAAGAUCGCCUCCAACAGCCGGUAUCCCUCCAUUGUCAUUCCCUCGCCCUCGGCUUGGCCGACAAUUGAGAAGCUCCAGAGCGCAUUAUCAGCCGUACCACCCUCCUCUGCGCAGCUGCUAACCCCCUCCCGCAAGGCCUUGUCCUUGCUGACAACGCACAACCUGCAGGUGCCCGCGCACUCGGCAGCACCAUCACUGGACGGCAGCUUGACCUCGGAGGAGAUGGACAAGCUGAGUUGCCCUUCUACUCCUGAUGUUCAGAAACGUCCAGUAUCCGCAAGUGUCGAUGAUUGGGAGCCGGUCCAACUCGACUACCAAGCUCUGGAAACUCUUCAGCAUCUUGGUCACUCAUCCACAGAUGCUGCGCAGGAACAGCAGGAGACGUCCGUCAUCGAGACUCAGGGCGGUGAGAUGCAGGAGGUGUCGCGGCCUUUUCUUGGACUCCAAAUCCCUUCAACGUCCCAGAGUCAGUCAGUAGAUGCAACACCCCUCUCCGCCCUGUCGAUUCCCUCUCCUGGAGGCUUCUUCUCGUCCCUCCACUCAACUGCUCGUCACACAUGGAGCAUUGCGCCCAAGCAGGAGGAGUCAACUCCUAACACUUCCACUGCUGAGCAAUUCUACGGUGUGCCAUUUGAGACCCGCCGCAACACCUUCCCCAACCGUGACAGCACCCUCGCAGGAUCGACCCUGGACGGUCAUGAGGCUGGUCUUACUACACCCAAGCCGAUUCUGCCCAACGUUGAGGAGGAUCUGGAGGUCAAGGAAAUCAACCCCAGCAAGACUAUCUUCCAAUAUAACGAGUCGUAUCAUGCUGAGCUUCAGAAAAUGGCAACUGUCAACCUUGAGAGGACCAGUCACUGGCUGGAGGAACAAGACGAGCUCCAGGCCGCGCUUCGCGAAAUGAACGACUUGAGCUCCCCCAGCAUCUCUCAAGGAUCUCACAGCCGUGGAAGCUCCAUUGACAAGACGGCCAUGAAGAAGUCUGUCAAGUUCGCCGAUGAGGUGGAGGAGUCACCAGUGGAAAAGGAGCCUAAGAAGAUUGAUACAUAUAUCCAAGGUUUCGAAUAUCUUCGCGUGCGCAGCCGCAAGAACGACGCAUACAUCCAUCGCCAGACCCGAGCUGAAGCCAUGCAUGUGCGCCGCCGCUGCAUGCCUCAGGCCCACCGUGACCAGCUUCUUGGCAAGUUUGAGCUCACCGACCCCGUUCGUCCCGCUCCUCCGCGACCGGUCUCCGAGUUCUACAUGAACGACCCCACCGUCCUCAAGGAGCGGAUCGCACGAGCCCAGACCGAGCGUCAGGCCCUCGACCAGAUGCUGCCGAGUACGUGGGUCUUGCAAGCACUGAGGCAGAUGAACGGCGGAAAGCUCCUCAGCAAAGCAGCCGCUAAGUGCGUUUCUCGCGCAUCCGCACCACGCAUCCUGGACGUUGGAGGUGUUCCCACCAAUGACUGGGCGUGGCAGGUGGCCUACGACUACCCCCAAGCCACCGUCACCACCGUCUACACCCACGGCCACAACUUGACCACCAACGUCAACGGACCCGACAACCACAAGCACACCACCGUACCCAACAUGUGGACCUUCCCCUUCCCCAGCGCCCACUUCGACGUCAUCUCCGCCCGCUCCCUCUACGAGCUCCUCAAAACCGACAAGCCCCUAGGCCGCUCGGCAGACGAAUACGACCUCUGCAUCAAGGAGUGCUUCCGCUGCCUCAAGCCCGGAGGAAUCCUCGACUUCUCCCUCAUGGACGCCGACAUCAUGCACUCCGGUCGCCAGGCCCAAGCCAUGGGCGUCGAGUUCGGCUUCAACCUCAAGACGCGCGGCUACGACGCCGCGCCCACCAAGUCGUUCCUCCCGCGCCUCCGCAAGGCCGGGUUCCACGACGUCCAUCGCGUGUGGAUGGUGCUGCCCAUGGGCAAGACGGCGGCGAACUGGAAGGAUGUCCUCCCCGUGGGUGCCGAGUCCCAGCAACAGGAACGCAGCAUUUCCGCCGACGGCGAAGUGCAUGUUAGCGAGGCUCCCGUGUUUGGGACUACUGCUGAUGUGGCCAUGAUGACGGGAAUUGUCGGGAGCUGGAUGUACGAGAGGUGGAUGUUGAAGCUGCAGAUGGAGAUGGGGAAGGAGGAGGAGAGGUUGUUGGAGGGUGUGGUGCAGGUGCUAGAAGAGGGUGCGGCCGAGAGGAGUGCGUGGAGGUAUUUAACUGGUUUUGCGAGGAAGUAAGGGGUUGGGUUGCGUGUUGGUGGGAUUUAGAUAGUGGUGCAAUGUGGUCCUUUGCAUUUAUGGUGUUUUGUGGCGGGGAGUUGUGAUUGAUUGAUUGAUUGAUUUGCAUAGCGGUGUUGUUGGAUGGUUUGGAUCGGGUGAUACCACUGAGCAACAUUUCCUAUGUUCGUGAAUAAGAGAUUGUAUCAAUCAAUCGGUUCUUUCCGUUCGGAUGAGUCGCUUUCUUACUCUACCUUGUCAUAAUCUAUACUCCGUCCAGCU